AUCAGACGCUCCAUAUUUAGCCGUUGCGAGUCUCGCAGAGACUGUCAAGAGAAACCCUGAGAGAGAGUUCAACUCUCAACUUAUUUAAUGUCACCACUGGCGUAAAACGGAAGGAAUAUACUCUUUUGGAAGGCCGCUAGCUUCGAGCUUGGAAGCCAGUGAUGAUCGGGGACUUUAAGUUAAGAGAAGACGGCGUUUGACGUGAUUUUUUUCUCCUCUCAGAUGGGAAUGUAGCUUAGCUGGUUAGCCUGGCCACUAGCAGUAGCAGGCUAGCGCUGUCGAAGAGAGGAGGCGACAUAAGUGGACUUUUACUCGCUACAACGUCAUAACACCUCAACAAACCGCCUCAGUCUUUCCAAAGACGCGUUUCUGAAGGCGUCGCGGUUACAGAAACAGCGAUUCGGGACUGUAUUUGAGCAGGCUGAGGGGAACUUUUCGUUUUAGCUGUCUAGCUAGCUGGCCGUAACGUCAAUCUGUCAACCGAACCUGAAAUCCCGAACAGAUCUUUCGAGCCUUGUAACGUUACUGGGGCACCGUACCUCCCUCCUCUCUCUCGGCCUCCGUUGAUAUAACGUUAACGUACGGGCUUCUGGGGAAGCUGGAUUAGGAGCUCGAAACACGGGAGGAGACGCUCGCAUUGGGUUAACGGAACCGGUUCGGGGGGCCGUCGGGAUCCAAGAAGAGUUUCUGAAGUUCGUCUACUGCGAGCCGGGGACGGAACCGGACAGAGACCUCAUGAAUGGAAAUCGGAACUACAGGAGCCGUUGGGGCCCAGUCCCUGUUCUCCGUGCCACGGAGGCCCGGCUAUGGCACCAUGGGGAAACCCAUCAAGCUGCUGGCCAACUGCUUCCAGGUGGAGAUCCCCAAGAUGGACGUCUACCUGUAUGAGGUCGACAUCAAGCCUGAGAAGUGUCCACGCCGUGUGAACAGGGAGGUUGUGGACUCCAUGGUGCAGCACUUUAAAGUCACCAUCUUUGGGGAUCGAAGGCCCGUUUAUGAUGGGAAGAAAAGUCUCUACACCGCCAACCCACUCCCUGUGGCGCCAGCUGGGGUGGAUUUGGAUGUUACGCUGCCAGGGGAAGGAGGCAAAGACCGACCCUUUAAAGUCAGUAUUAAGUUUGUGUCCCUGGUGAGCUGGCACCUGUUGCAUGAGGUACUCACUGGUCGCAGUAUGUCAGAGCCCUUGGAGCUGGACAAGCCAAUCAGCACCAACCCAGUUCACGCUGUGGAUGUGGUUCUACGCCAUCUACCCUCCAUGAAGUACACACCCGUGGGCCGCUCAUUCUUUUCCGCUCCGGAGGGCUACGACCAUCCUCUGGGUGGAGGCAGGGAGGUGUGGUUCGGCUUCCACCAGUCUGUUCGGCCAGCCAUGUGGAAGAUGAUGCUCAACAUCGACGUGUCAGCCACGGCUUUCUACAAAGCACAGCCAGUUAUUCAGUUCAUGUGUGAGGUACUGGACAUCCACAACAUUGAUGAGCAGCCUCGCCCCCUCACAGACUCCCACAGAGUCAAAUUCACCAAAGAAAUCAAAGGUCUGAAAGUGGAGGUGACCCACUGUGGAACCAUGCGGAGGAAGUACCGGGUCUGCAAUGUGACCCGCCGCCCCGCCAGCCACCAAACGUUCCCUUUGCAGUUGGAGAAUGGCCAGACUGUAGAACGAACAGUAGCUCAGUAUUUCAGAGAAAAGUACAACCUGCAGCUGAAAUACCCGCACCUGCCCUGUCUACAGGUGGGCCAGGAGCAGAAACACACCUACCUGCCCCUGGAGGUGUGCAACAUUGUAGCAGGGCAGCGGUGCAUCAAGAAACUGACAGAUAAUCAAACCUCCACCAUGAUCAAAGCCACAGCGAGAUCAGCACCAGACCGACAGGAGGAGAUCAGCAGACUGGUGCGCAGCGCUAACUACGAAGCAGACCCUUUUGUUCAGGAGUUUCAGUUCAAGGUGCGAGACGAGAUGGCCCACGUGACGGGGCGCGUGUUGCCUGCGCCCAUGCUGCAGUACGGGGGCAGGGUGAGCACAGAGCACUUUAUGAAUCGCACUGUGGCCACACCCAGUCAUGGAGUUUGGGACAUGAGAGGGAAACAGUUUCAUACCGGGGUGGAGAUCAAGAUGUGGGCCAUCGCCUGCUUCGCCACGCAGAGACAGUGCAGAGAAGAGAUUCUCAAGGGUUUCACCGACCAGCUGCGUAAGAUCUCAAAGGAUGCUGGGAUGCCCAUCCAGGGUCAGCCGUGUUUCUGUAAGUACGCACAGGGAGCCGACAGCGUGGAGCCCAUGUUCAGGCACCUGAAGAACACCUACUCUGGACUGCAGCUCAUCAUCGUCAUCCUGCCGGGAAAAACACCCGUCUACGCGGAAGUGAAGCGUGUCGGAGACACUCUUCUAGGAAUGGCCACUCAGUGUGUGCAGGUGAAGAACGUGGUGAAAACCUCCCCUCAGACGCUCUCCAACCUCUGCCUCAAAAUCAACGUCAAACUCGGCGGCAUCAACAACAUCCUGGUCCCGCAUCAACGGCCUUCAGUGUUCCAGCAGCCAGUCAUCUUUCUCGGGGCGGAUGUCACACAUCCACCAGCAGGAGACGGGAAGAAACCAUCCAUUGCCGCAGUUGUGGGCAGUAUGGACGCUCAUCCCAGCAGGUAUUGUGCCACAGUGCGUGUCCAGAGACCCAGACAGGAGGUGAUUCAGGAUUUGGCCUCUAUGGUGCGAGAGCUACUUAUUCAGUUCUACAAGUCCACUCGCUACAAACCCACCAGAAUCAUCUUCUACAGGGACGGUGUGUCUGAGGGCCAGUUUAGACAGGUGUUGUACUACGAGCUGCUGGCCAUUCGAGAGGCCUGCAUCAGCCUGGAGAAGGAGUACCAGCCCGGCAUCACGUACAUAGUGGUGCAGAAGCGGCACCACACACGCCUCUUCUGUGCCGAUCGCAACGAGAGGGUGGGUCGCAGCGGAAACAUUCCUGCUGGUACGACAGUAGACACGGAUAUCACACACCCCUACGAGUUUGACUUUUACCUCUGCAGUCAUGCUGGAAUACAGGGCACAAGCCGACCCUCCCACUACCAUGUCCUGUGGGACGACAACUGCUUCACUGCGGAUGAGUUCCAGCUGCUCACUUACCAGUUGUGCCACACGUACGUGCGCUGUACCCGCUCCGUCUCCAUCCCCGCGCCAGCCUACUACGCCCACCUGGUGGCCUUCCGUGCCCGCUACCACUUGGUGGACAAAGAACACGACAGUGCCGAGGGCAGCCACGUCUCCGGGCAGAGCAACGGUCGGGAUCCCCAGGCGCUGGCCAAAGCUGUGCAGAUUCACCACGACACCCUGAGGACCAUGUACUUUGCCUAAGCCAGCUCACACCAAGCCCACGUUUGACUAGUCAUGCACACGAACCCGACAACCACACACACACUCUCUCAGUCACACCUCCCAAAAGCCUGUGCGUCCCGAAGGGUCGAUCUCUGUGGCGAUGGAAGCACGGCUCACCCCGACACUGUGCAGCAGGAUGAGGAAGGCCUGCUUUAAUUCCACACGCGGACCUCGGCACUAUUAUGCAAUAUUAAACCAGCCGACUGAGGCCGUUCUGUCAUAUCCCCUCCAAACCCUCGACGACAACCAAAAGGGAAGCCCGUUUAUAUCCCCGCUGUAGACGUAACGUUUAAUUACUUUUCCUGCCUUGUACCUCAACGUUUUCUAACAGCACUUUUGUCCUCCCCCUUCCCCCGAAAUGAGAUUAGAAAGAAAGCUUGAGUCGGGAAGAAAGAACGUUUUGGGGAUAGAGGCGUCACGCGCUCCUACUAGCAAUUUUCUCAAUGUACUUUUUCUCCCGCUCUCAAUUAUUUUUGUAGCCAAUGGUGACUUAACUACGUGUUAAAGUGUCAGUCGUGAAGAACCAAUUGUGCGUUAGCGUUUUAAAACAGAAAAAGAAGCUUUUAUUGCUAGAAAAGUGCCAUUGCCGAGCAACCGUUGAUUUUAAAGCAGAUGUUCCCGUUGGCCUGUGAGCUUUCAAUGUAAAGUGAUCAUGUUUUGAAAUGCUUUUACGUCUAAAUUCCCUCCAGUGUUUAUUGGUCUCGAUCGAUCGUUCUCUCGUUCGCUUCCCUUCUGCACUUUGUCUCAUUUUAAAGCGCAUAGUUAUGCGACAGAUCAUAGUUUAGUGCAAUAAUUCAUUGGCGGGAUGAGAAUACCUCCGUAGAGAGGAGAAAGACUGGGUUUUAAAGGUGGAGGUGUGCCACUUUUCUAAAAGUGGAGGCGACGAUUGACCGUAGCGUGUUAACAAGUGCCUGCUGUCGAACAGAAACGGAUAGAUGCGACCACGCUCGACUUGACAAAAUCUCUUAAAAUGCGAGCCGACUCACCGUUAACGUCUUGAUUUUCACUGCCCUGCCUGUUCAGAGGAUUUCGCUGCUAUUGUGGACCGGCGGGUUCAUGCUUCGGUUUCGCCUAAGCACGAGGGACUGAUUGGCAGCUCUGGGAGAAGGAGAAGCUCUCGCAGCACCUGAUGUGUGCUCGUUCACCGGACGGCCACUAGGGGUCAGUAUAGCGUUUUACUUGAAGAGUGCAUCAGUGAGCGUUGGGUGCCUUACCGUCUCUCCGUGCGCCAUCUGAAGCAUGUCCAGCUGUUUAAAGGUGAUAAUCUGCACUAAUCAAUGCGUAAUGCAUGGUGCUAUUAGGUGCGGCAUCGGAAAUUGGACUUGAUGGGAACAUGGGAUGCAUGAAU